AUGACCGUAGUCUUAAAUACUCCCAGUUGGUGGCCGGAAAUCAGUUCAAACAUCUUCAACAGCUAUUGGAUAGUUGCCGCCGCCGCCGUUGUGGUAUACGACUGGGCAUUAACACUCGGACAAGAGAUUGAACUGAUCUGGAGACAACACUGGUCCCUCAUGACUCUGCAGUAUUUGGUUGUUCAUACGCUAUAUUGCAAUACCAUAUUCCGUCAUCAAUGUUCUGAGAAUCAUGCCAUUGUUCUCGAAGACAGAUACAGUGAGUAUUCUACCACCAUCUCUCAAUCACAUCUAAUGAAUACACUCAUUUGUAGGGGUGUAAGUAAUAUUAUGUACUAUGCAAAAAACGGGACGAAUGUGGUCAUAGCUGCUAUGUUGGGUGCUAUCAUGAUUGCCCGGUUAUAUGCCAUGUAUCAAGGAUCUAGAAUGAUGCUCACCUUCCUUGUUAUUAUCUUCCUGGCUGUAAACACCGCUUGCGGAGUGAUCGCAGCAAUAGCAGUCAAGUAUGUUGUAGCGGAGGAGCUGAUACUCUCUGGCACGUAUACGUGUUAUUAUAAAUAUGAAGAAGACGUUCAGCUUCUGAUCUCAAUGGUUUGGAUGCUCAACACCGCUUGGGAGCUCCUUGCACUGUGUCUUUCAGUCUGGAUUGCUGCAAAACACUUCCAUGACCUGCGACUACCUGGUUCAUCGACAGGAACGACCAUCAGGGACUGUUUCAGAGUGCUGUUACAAUCACACGUGCUUUAUUUUUCAAGCUUUCUUUGUGUCUCUUGCCUCCAGUUUACCUAUUUCUCUCCAAAGCUCGUGAAUUCAAAUUCCACUGGAGUUCAGACACUCUAUGGUGCUCUUGAAAUUUUAUUGGGCGUGCAGAUGUUUGUGCUGGGACCACGCCUCAUCCUUAGCGUUCGAGAAUAUUAUGCAAAACUCGUGGUCGACUCUGACUCCGACACUAGCAUCACUUCGAUUGUUUUCCUGGAGCAGGAUCAGAUUUUGGUGACAGGAGGGCUGAACGGUGCUAUAUCUAGCACGGACGUUGUUGUUGUACACCAUCAACAUUCCGCACUCGCUCAUACCCAUCCCUCGAAUAUGACCGUGGUCUUAAAUGAUCCCACUUGGUGGCCAUCAAUCGAUUCAAAUAUCCUUCUCAGUUAUUGGAUGGUUGCCGCUGCCGCGGUGGUGGUAUACGAUUGGGUACUAACACUGGGACAAGAGCUCAUUGGACAAACACCAGAGGAACUGAUACUCUCUGGCACGUAUAUGUGCUAUUAUGGAUAUGAAGGGAACGACAAGCUUCUGUAUUUAAUACUUUGGACGGUCUACACUGCUUGGGAGGUCCUCGCACUGUGUCUUUCAGUCUGGAUUGCUGUGAAACACUUCCGCGACCUGCGACGACUCGGUUUAUCGACAGGAUCGACCAUCGGGGACUGUUUCAGAGUGCUGAUACAAUCUCACGUGGUUUACUUUGCAAGUUUUGUAUGUGUCUCUUGCCUUCAGCUUAUAACUCACUCUCCAGAGAUCGCGAAUUCAAGUUCCAUUGGAGUUCUGAUACUCUAUGAUGCUCUUCAAGUUUUCAUUGGCGUGCAGAUGUUUGUGCUGGGGCCACGCCUCAUUCUUAGCGUUCGAGAAUAUCACGCCAAACUCAUGGCCGACUCCGACGCAGAAACUAGCAUGAAUUCGAUUGUCUUCCGGGAACGUGUACUUGUAUCAACUAGCAGUACUGUGUAG